UAUGAUUUCUAAAAUCCCUCUUAGAUUGUUAAAUACCAUUAAACCAUUGUAAAUGACAAGAAUAUUUGCUCCAUUCUGUACAUAAUUGGAAAAGGUCAAUAAAAGUAUUCAAUCUAAUAAUAAUAAAUAAAGCUGGAUAAAAAUUAGUCAAAAUAGUUGAGAAAGAAUUAAAAUAUGAGAAAACUAAUUAUGUUGAAGAUGAUUCAGUUACUGAAUUCAUUGAAAAGGCUGGUUUCUAAUUAAUUGAUGAUGACAAUAAUCAUGAAGUCACAUUAGAAAAAAAAGUAGGUGAUGUUAAAGUUAUUGUACAAUUUUAAUCAAGACAACCUAAUUCAGAAGAAUAAGAAGAAGAAGAACCAGAAGAAUAAUAAAAAAAGAAUAAAUAAAAUCAAUAGGAAGAAGAAGAAGAAGAAUAAUAAGAAACACAAUCUGAUUUUGCUGAUUUCACAGUAUAUCUCUAAAAGAGUAAUGGAUAAAUCUUAUGCUAUGAAUGUACUACAUCAUAAGGAGAAGUAUAAAUUCAUCAUAUAAUAUUAGGUUAAUGUUAAUUUAGUAAGUUUAAUUAAGGAUUUAGAAGCUCAUAAGAAGAUUCCAAGAUAUGAAAGAGGAUUAUAAGAUUAUUCAGGUCCAGAUUUCAUUACUUUAGAUGAGGUUAUUAUAAUUAAUAAUUAUUUUAUAGAGAUUAUAAUUAGCAUUAGUAGAUUAUUUGAAAGGUUAUGGAAUAAAUGAUGAUUUGGGAGCAUUUAUUGAACAUUAUUCAUUAGAUAAAGAAUAAAGAUUGUACAUAUAAUGGUUAAACUCAUUAACAACAUUCUUGAAGAAUUGAAC